GAAAACAAAACAGACGAAUCUCUCAAUCGCCACAGCUUCCGACUUCUCCAAGAUCGCCGCCGUGCAAUUUUCUUCUCCGGCGCUCUGUUUCUGAGCCCAGUCUUUGGUUUCAGGUACUACAAAUUCGAGAAACAUGUCAGUUAUUAUUGUGACAAACAUAGGGAAUUUGGUGAUUCAUCUGCACACGGAUGAAUGCCCUAUAACCUGCACUAAUUUUCUCAAACUCUGCAAGAUCAAGUAUUACAAUGACUGUCUUUUCCACACUAUAAAAGAUUCCAUAGCCAAGACGGGUGAUCCAACAGGGACAGGGACAGGUGGAGACUCGAUUUACAAAUUUCUGGAAGGUGACGAUGCUCGGUUCUUCACCGAUGAGAUUCACCAUCAACUGACACACUCAAAGGCUGGCACUGUUGCAAUGGCUAGUUCUGGAGAAAAUCUGAAUGCUUCCCAGUUCUAUAUCACACUUUGCGAUAAUCUAGACUAUCUUGAUGGGAAACACACUGUGUUUGGGAAGAUUGUCGAGGGGUUUGACGUUUUGAAUACGAUAGCCGAAGCUUCUGUUGAUGCGAAGAACAGACCACUUAAAGCCAUACAAAUACUGUUCACAUUUGUACUUGUAGAUCCAUUUGAUGAUCCGCCACAACUGGCUGGAAUGAUACCAGAUGCUAAUGCGAAAGAAGAGGUCAUAGAUGACGAGCGAUUCGAAGAUAAUUGGGUUCCAAUGGAUGAAGCACUUGGUCCACAAGAACUGGAGGAGGUUAUCAACCAAAAGGCUCCCCAAUCAAGUGCUUUUGUACUUGAAACUAUAGGAGAAAUCCCCGAGGCUGUGGAUCCUGACAUCUGGGGUCUGAAUCAUGUGACUGAUGAUGAGCGCCUCAACUCUUAUUGCUUUGCACGUAUAAAGAAAAUAGAGAAAGAAAUAAGUGAUCUUGCAGAGAAGAUGAACAAUCUCUGUGUUAGCAAGGAUUUUGACAGUGAUACUGGGUUAACUCUUCCCAAUCAAUGGGAUCUCGUAUCUGAUAAGCAGAUGAUUGAUGAAGACCAACCUCUGCUUGUUGCUACAUGCACACACAUAAUAAGACCACACAAGUAUGUCAUUCAUAUCAACAAAAUGGGAAAGUUUAUUGUUGGACUUGGCGAUAAAGUUUCUCCCACUGACAUUGAAGAAGGAAUGCGUGUGGGAGUUGAUCGGAAGAAAUAUCAAAUUCAGAUUCCUCUACCUCCAAAGAUUGGUCCUAGUGUUACCAUGAUGACGGUUGAAGAGAAACCAGAUGUGACUUACAGUGAUAUCGGUGGCUGCAAGGAGCAGAUUGGGAAGAUUAGAGAGGUCGUUGAACUGACAAUGCUUCAUCCAGAGAAAUUUGUGAGGCUUGGGAUAGAUCCUCCCAAGGGUGUUCUUUGUUAUGGACCUCCCGGCACUGGAAAAACCCUUGUGGCUAGAGCUGUGGCGAACAGAACCGGUGCUUGCUUUAUCAGGGUUAUUGGCAGUGAGCUCGUUCAGAAGUACAUUGGUGAAGGAGCUAGGAUGGUUCGUGAACUGUUUCAGCUGGCGCGGUCAAAGAGAGCUUGCAUUUUGUUCUUUGAUGAAAUUGAUGCCAUCGGUGGGGCAAGGUUUGAUGACGGUGUAGGCGGUGAUAAUGAAGUCCAACGUACUAUGCUUGAGAUUAUGAAUCAGCUUGAUGGGUUUGACCCACGUGGUAACGUCAAGGUUAUUAUGGCAACAAACAGGCAUGACAUACUGGACCCUGCUCUUUUACGACAUGGACGUCUUGACCGCAAGGUUGAGUUUUGUCUGCCUGAUCUGGAGGGAAGAAUACAGAUCUUCAAGAUUCACACGCGAACCAUGAGCUGUGAAAGAGACAUCCGGUUUGAACUCCUAGCUGGUCUCUGCCCAAAUUCAACAGGAGCUGAUAUCAGAAGCGUAUGCAUAGAAGCAGGGAUGUAUGCAAUCGGAGCUAGGAGAAAGGCUGUGACUGAGAAAGACUUCCUGGACGCAGUGAACAAAGUGGUUAGAGGUUAUCAAAAGUUCAGUGCAACUCCCAAGUAUAUGGCCUACUACACAUAAAGAAAAGUCAAAAAGUCAGAAAACUUAUCAUUUCUGUCCCUCGACCUCUAUACCUUCCAUCUCUUUUGCAGAAUUUUUUUUUUUUUUUUUUUUUUAGAAUUUGGAAACAUAAAUCACAGUAAAUCAGUGGAACUUUAAACAUAAU